CCACUUCCAGAUCUUGAGGGCAAUAGGAAAAGGAAGCUUCGGAAAAGUCUGCAUUGUGCAGAAGAAGGACACUAAGAAGAUGUACGCCAUGAAGUACAUGAACAAGCUAAAAUGCGUGGAGCGGAACGAAGUGAGGAAUGUCCUGAAAGAGCUGCAGAUCAUGCAGAACCUCGAACAUCCAUUCCUGGUCAACUUCUGGUAUUCCUUCCAGGAUGAGGAGGACAUGUUUAUGGUGGUGGAUUUGCUCCUGGGAGGAGAUCUGCGCUACCACCUCCAGCAGAACGUCCACUUCUCAGAGAACACCGUCAAACUCUACAUCUGUGAAUUGGCCCUGGCUCUGGGAUACCUCCGCACCAAGCGCAUUAUACACAGAGACAUCAAACCUGACAACAUACUACUGGAUGAGCAUGGGCACGUCCACCUAACAGACUUCAACAUUGCGGCCAUAGUAAAAGAAGACCUGAAAGCAACGUCCAUCGCUGGGACCAAGCCAUACAUGGCUCCUGAGCUUUUUCAGACCUUUGAGGGGUCCCACCCUGGCUACUCCUUCUCUGUCGACUGGUGGUCGCUGGGCAUCACAGCAUAUGAGCUGCUAAGAGGACAGAGACCAUACGUGAUGAGAUCCAGCACACCAGCUAAUGAGAUCCUUCAGACCUUCCACAAGGUCCACCCCAGCUACCCAGCAGCCUGGUCUUUGGAGAUGAAGUCUCUUCUCAGAAAGUUGCUGUGCAUAGAUGUCCAGAAGCGUAUUUCCUGUCUUGCGGAGCUACAGGAUCUGGACUACAUGUCAGACGUCAACUGGGACGCUGUUCUCAGCAAACAGCUUCCUCCAGGCUUUAUUCCCAACCGGCGGAGGCUAAACUGUGACCCUACGUUUGAGCUGGAGGAAAUGAUCCUGGAGUCCAAACCGCUUCACAAGAAGAAGAAAAGGCUCGCUAGAAAGACCAGGGACCAGGGAUCUGAUGGGUCCCCACAGAAUGGUCAGUUGCAGCAGCGACUGGAUAAUGUCCAGAGAGACUUCAUCGUCUUCAACAGAGAAAAACGUUCUUCACUCUACAGGUCCAGGAAAGCAGUGGUGGACUCGGAGUCUUCUGAGCUGUCCAUGAGUGAGAAGAACAAGGCAAUAGAGGACGGACAGAACAACAAUGUUGAGCCGGCUGCCUACUUACCAGGAUAGGUCUUAUGACCCGAGAUUCCUACUUAUUCCCUUAUCACUUGCACCUGCCCACAGCUUGUAGAUCAGCAAUUUACACCUAGACACCUAUUGUUCUAUCAGCACAGGCACUCAG